AUGCUCCUUCUUGUCCUCUUAACGAGCUUCAUACGCCAAAGCUGGAACCUCGGCGUCGCCUUUCUAUGCUUUUGGCUCUUUCUUGAAACUCUCACGGCUGGUAUCAACGGUAUCAUAUGGUCUAGCAACGCCGAAAUCAAGUUGUAUGUGUAUUGCGACAUAGUCUCGCGCUUACAGAUGGUCGCCUUGAUUGUCAAGCCUAUGGCGACCUUGAUAAUCAUUCGCCGGCUAUACCUCAUCGCCAGUCUACGGUCCAUCGAGCUUCCUAGUAAGCACGAAAAACGCAAGGAUCUCCUGAUAGAGUGGACACUUGGUCUGAUGAUCCCCCUUCUCUUCGCAGGGCCUCUCUACUACGUGGUCCAGCAGCUUCGGUUCGAAGUGGACGAAGGUUUUGGAUGCACUAACUCUGCCGAUGGCUCGCUACUCUCUAUAUUGCUCAUGUAUUCAGUGCCUGUGGUCGCCCCCGCAGUGUCUAUCGUCGUGUACUAUCCACAUGUUGCCCGGAUCUUCUAUCGUCAGGGACGAGAUAUCGACCACUUCCUCAGGAGCAACGACUCGAUCUCCCGCACGAACUACUUCCGCGUCCUCGCCCUUGCCAGUAUCGACAUCCUUCUUACACUACCCAUAGGCAUUGCCGCCAUCGUCUUGACCGUGAAAGACUCUAUGUCUCAGGUUGGUUUCCUCGUUCUCUACUUCGGAUGGACACACGACCACAGCAAUUGGGGGCCGGAGAGCUUCUCUUACGAAGAGCUAGUCACGUCGAGGCCUUCCGGUGCGGCACAAUACUUCUUUAUACACUGGACUUCCCCCGUCCUCGCUUUCAUCAUCUUCGGUUUGUUCGGCAUCACAUCAGAGGCGCGCGCAUCAUACUGGCGCGCGAUCUAUUUCGUUGGCAGUUGGUUCGGCUUGAAGCCGUCUCCUCGAGAGCGCGCGGUGCGUUCGCCCUUGGGGGAUAUCGAGUUCGGUGAGCGGUCGCCGCGUGUUUCCAUGUCGUUGAGAUCACAACCGGGCUUCGUCAACAUCCCGAGCGCAUACACACCGACGCCAGGACAUGCCGCCGAGGACGCGGGAGGACGUGGGCUGGGGAAGGCGGACUCAAGCGCCGGCUCAGGUGUUGAUCAAAAUACAGUAGACGAUGCGCUCAGAGUCCCAAGAGCUCCCGAUGCAGCCUUCCGGGUCUUGCCGAGAAGGCUCGGCCAACCUUUAGCCAUGGUUUAG